CUGAGACAGAUGAUGCGUUAGCUUCGCUAACAAAGCGCAAUGGAAAACAAUAGUGAUACAGACAAACAGCGCAGUCGUGGCUUGCAUAUGGGAGUAACCACUCCCAACAAUCAGGCAACACGCUGGCAGAAUGACCGCGAGUGCUCCACCGACUUCAGACCGAAUACGGUUGAAAGCAAACAGACGUCAUGGACAGAUGAUUUGCCGGGAUAAACGGGAAGAAAAUAACUGUAAAAC